AUGCCGUCUCUGAUAUACUCCCUGCGGUCUUCCGGCGCCGCCGCUUCCUCUGCCGUUCCUUCUCUACGGGCAGCAAUGCGCCGCAUGCGGCGGGAGUCGGUGGAGCGUGAGCUCGAGGGCUGCCAAAUGGUUGCCGGACUCUGGUGUCACAGCCUUACGGUUCGCCAGAUCCAGUGCCUUCGUGGAGCGCUGCCGAAAUCGGCAAAGCUCAUCAUAGCCAAAAAUACCAUGCUUGGAAAAUCGACCGAGGGUACGUCCUGGGAAUCCAUCCGUUCCUGCGCACGCGGCAUGAACGCAUGGCUUUUCGUCCGCUCCGACGAUGAAGUCGCCUCCGCCCUCAAGGCCUGCCGCGACUUCCAGCGCCAAUGGAAGCUCGAUCUCAACGAUUUCACCGGCGCUGUCUUCCAGGGCCGCCUUUACGGCCCUCAGGACUUUGGUGUUCUUGAGACCACGCCUGCCAAAGCGGACUCCAAUGCCUACUUGCUUGGCUCCCUCCACCUACCCGCAGCCUCACUUAUAGGUCUCUUGCAGGCAUCUCUGGAGGGUGUGUGUUCUGCUGAUGCCGCUGCUCCCCCUGAUGCUACAGCCGCGGCUGCUCCCGCAUCUAAUUAA